AUGGCAACUAGUUUGAUGGUGAGGCAAUGCCUCCGGGGGACGACCCCCAUCAUGCGGGGGAUGUUCUGGAGUAGGACAAUCGGAAAAUUGGAGGGAGUUUCAGCUAGUUUGAGGUGUAAAUAUACGGAUGCGAGUAAGUUCAAAGGAUUCAAGGGUAAGCACAAGGCGAUGGCGUUUGGGGACGAUGAGGAGCAGGACCGCGGUCCAGGAUCGGAACGGUUUGAUUUGGAGGACGCAGAGUACGAUGCCGUGGUGAAUAGUGCCAUGCGCGUACAGAAAAGGUUGCAGAAUGAGCAGAACGUGCUGGUGAUACAACCCUACGUCAAGUGGGGACCAAAGAAAUCUGGAAGUCAGCCGGAGUACCAGCUUCAGGAAGCGGAAGCACUGGUAAGGUCCCUGCCUAAGUGGAGAGUCGAGCAUAGCUUGAAAGUUCCUCUGGAAUCGCUGGAGAAGAAGCAACUUUUCGGAGCAGGGAAGCUGGAAGAACUUAAAACGAUUCUGAGUGACUUGCAAACAUCCGGAAAGCUGAUCACCUGCAUCUUCAUCAGCAAAGGAACCUUAACUCUUGGCCAGAAGCAGUUCCUGGAGCAACAGUUCAAACUACCCGUGAUGGAUCGAUACUCGGUGGUAAUACAGAUCCUCCGGCUACACGCCAUCAGCACCGAAGCCAAGCUCCAGGUUGCGAUGGCCGAAAUUCCCUACAUUUGGUCCCAGAUGAAAGACCAGGAGGGAUCCAAAGGGCGAAUCUACCUCACCGAGUCCCAGAAGCAAAUGCUCCGACUGCGAGAACGCAAGCUUAAAAAUGAACUGGCCACCAUCCGUUCCCAUCGGGAACUCCUCCGGAACAAACGAAAGCAGAAAGCUUACCCGAUCGUGGCGGUCGUUGGAUACACAAACGCCGGCAAAACGUCCCUAAUCAAAGCCCUCACGGAAGAGAAAUCCCUGGAACCGAAGGAUCAGCUUUUCGCCACCUUGGACGUAACGGCCCACGCCGGUCUUCUUCCGUGCAAGCUGGAAGUGCUCUUCAUGGACACCGUCGGCUUCAUGGCGGACAUUCCAACCGGGCUAAUCGAAUGUUUCGUGGCCACCCUAGAGGAUGCCAUGCUGGCCGACGUAAUCGUCCACGUCCAGGACGUUUCCCACGAAAAUUUCCUCCAGCAAAAGAAGCACGUCGAAACGACACUCGCUUCUCUCCUCAAGUCAUCCGGGGUGGCCCAAAGUCACCCACCUUUAGACAACGUCAUAAACGUGGGCAACAAGGUCGAUCUUUUGGCAACGCAAGGCAUCAAAACCCCAACCGGUAUCCAACAUUUGGUGUCAUCAAAAACCCUCCACGGCAUGCACGAACUGUUGGAGGAGAUCGAGCGGAAGAUUCUGGAAGUUACUGGCCGGCGGAAGAUCAUCAUACGGGUUCCGAUGGGCGGGUCGGAAGUUGCUUGGUUGUACAAAAACGCGGCAGUUACCGAGACGGCUGCCGAUCCGGAGGAUAGCCAGCGGAUGCUGGUCAGUGCGGUCAUUACGGAGGCGAAGCUGCAACAGUUCAGGCAUCAGUUUGUGAUCAGUAGGAAGGGGUGAUUGUGGGAUUGUUACAAUGUAGUUGUGAAAUAUAUUGAAUGUUUGAUUUAAUUAUGA